AUGGACGUGCAAUCCAAAAUCAUCCCCACUCCGGGCAGUCAUCCCGACGUGAAGUCCGAUGCCCGCCGCGUUUUCGAAGUACUCCAAUCAGGAGGGGUGGCUCUCGUUCCAACAGAAGUCGGCUACGGUCUCAUGGUAUCAUCCACCGAAGCCAUCCAAAAAGCGUUCACCGCAAAGAAGCGUCGUCCAGGCCAUGCACAAGGGGUCAUGGGAUCAUACAACUUGCACCGGGAGCUACAUGUUCUCUCAGACGAGAAAUUGGAGAUGAUCCGCGUCCUGCAUCAGGAUCUCGACAUGUCAUUUGGGAUAGUUGCACCGUUCCGAUCAGAGCAUCCUAUCCUUCAACAGCUGACUCCCGCCACCAUGGCGAAUACCAUCAAAGACAACACUCUGGGAAUCUACGUCGGUGGGAGCUCGCUUUUGAAAGAGCUGGGUCGAUUGAAUGAUGAGGCAGGGCAGUUGAUGCUUGGUUCAAGUGCCAAUCUUACAGGGACGGGCCAGAAGUUCAGAGUAGAAGAUGUCGAUGCCGAGAUCAAGGAGGCUGCUGAUAUCAUUGUGGACUAUGGGCUACAGCGAUACCAUGUGUAUGGAGGACGCCCCUCAACCAUCAUCGACUUUGAGAAUAUGAAGGUUCUCAGAGUGGGCUCUUCGUAUGAGCUAUUGAGGGAACGUAUGAAGAAAUACUGGGGAGUGGAAUUGCCUGAGGAUCCGGUGUUCGACAAAGCGGAAUUGAAAGAGGUAGAGCAGAAAAAGGAAGACACGCAAGGGAGUCAAGGGAAAGAUAAAGCAGCGAAUGAUGGGCUGGCCAAUAUCGAAAAGAAACAGAAAUCUCGGCGAAGAUUUGCAGUGAGGACGCUGAUAGAUUGGAUAUCAUAA